AUGGAUAAUCAACAAAAAAUUACUACAAAUACUAAUGAUCAAUUUACUUCCAGUUAUUGGAAGCAGUUAUGGCGUUGGACCACCUCUGGUAGCCUGAAGAACGAUGAACUCUUAGCAGUAUUGGGCACCAAGGAAAUCACAGAUGCUCUUUGUCAAGGCCUCGCCAGCUACAAACCCAAUAAACCUGAGCUAUAUGCCCAGUUACAACGAAAAUAUCCAGAUCAAACUAAACUGUUGAGUGUAAUUCAUACAUUACAGAAUUAUAUGGAUAUAGACUGCUUCAAAUUAUGGGAUAUUGUACAGUCAUAUUUGUGUGAUAUUUCGUAUGGUACUGCAUCAGAUGCUAUGAAAAAUAUUGCUUUUGUGGACACUAGACCUACAUUUCUGCUUCCCAAUAUAUGGAACUUUUAUUACUCUGAAAGAUUGUUUCUUUUAAAGUUAUUACAGUAUAUUAUAGAAGUUAAAGACAAUACUAAUCAUGUUUAUCAGAAAGAGUUUAUGAAAAUAUAUACAGACAUAAAGGGAAAUAUUGUGGAGUCACUGAUUUCACAGUUUGAUAAGUUAAUUUCCACUGCACCACCUUCUAGAAAGAUUCAAAGUGAUUUCAGCAGCGAAACUGUGAGACAAGAGUGGGCCGAGUCAAAUCAGAGAGAACAAUUGACUAUACUACAAAUCCUCUUAAUACUUGCUAGUGAAACUUCUAUCAAUGAUGAAAAAUUCAAUAAAUUGUUAUGUUUAUUUAAAAAACACAACUUUGGUAAAAACCAAGGAUACAAUGAGCUUCUUGGAGAAACACAUAGGGAGUUCUAUAUGAGAAUCAUGUAUAUAGAAGUAUGCCUAUUUAUGGUUAUAUUAGAUAGCAGACUGAUUAAAAACCCAUCAUCAUGGAUAGAAACAACUAAGCAAAAUGUGGAAUGUGAAUUGACGAAACUUCAGAUGAAUGUUGAACAUAGUGCUAUGCUUAUUACAUGGAUGUUACUAACACUGCAGAGUGAACAGCAUUCAAGAUUGUUUGAAAGCCAUUAUCAACAUUUUGGCACUGUUGCACUUAGAAUGCAUGUAUUUGAAUUUCUACUAGAAAUGCUGAAUAACUCAGUUUUCUCUGACAAUUCAAAAUGCUCGAAAAUCGCAAGACAACGUGUCUUUUGUCUUCUAAAUGAUUUGUGCAAUAAAUUUGACGGCGACGGCACACUAAGUCAUCAACCCGGUAUAAUACAACUCUGUGCGGACCUACUCAAGACACCAGAUAUAGCGAACCAAUUCUGGAAGCUGCACCAGAAAGAUGACGAUAAUGGAGUGGUGUCACUUUGGAAUACUGCUCUGGAAUAUUUUCCAUACAAUUUCAAUGCACUGUCCAUUUUGGCUGCUGGUUUAGCUGAAGCUGGAAAAUCAAGUGUUAUUAAUCUUAUAGCAGAAUUAAAAAAUCUACCUGUAUAUACUGAAAUAUACAACCCAAAUGCCGUACCAGUCAUGUCUUUGCAAUUGGAUGAUGCUAUCAUUGGCAGAGAAUAUUACCCGUUGGGAGACUUAUCAUAUCGCAUUGAAGCUGGGUCAAAGGCUACUAUCAUGGAGAGGAAAGAAGGCACCAUGAUACACUUUCGCACACCAUGUUCUUAUUGGACAGUAUUUAAUAAUGAAAUAGGGAAGGCAUUAGAUCGUAAGCAACAUCAUCAGCACAACAUAAGUUUGACUUUGGAAAGGGUAUAUGAAGGAACCAAGAUCUUGAAAGGAAUACUGAAAGCUUUAGUGGAAGAUCAAGAAAUACCUAAAAGUCUAGUGGUGCCUAGUGAGGGCGUCUUCGAUAUUCUUGUGCGAUUCAUGCGGGCGGAUAACGCCACGUUGCCGCUGCUAGUUGAAUGCCUGCAAGUUUGCACCGCAUUGAUACCUGUGUUUCCUAAAGAAAUACACAUGAGGCUUAUAAAUACUGGGCUACUGCCACGGGUACUAAACCAAAAACUAUCCCAUGUUGAGUAUGCAAGUGGGGCUUCGUUUGAUACGGCGGCUGUGGGGUCUUUCUUAAUUACAAUAGAACAGCCUACUGGCUCAUAUAAAUUCUUGGGAGCUUACAUUGAUUUGCUAUGCGCUUUCCACAAGGUGUCUAACGACGAGCGAAUAACGACUGAAAUAAUUCUGCCCGGCCUGAUACUGACUUUGCGUGAAGUGUUCCCCAACGUGUGCGGAUGGCGCUAUAAAGACACUGACGAACGACGCCACUUAUUGAAACGUUGCGCCAAUUUCCUCGGCCUCGUGUUGCAACAUUCCAAAGAGACGAAUAAUAGCAUAGAUCUACUGAAACGCACUGGUGUAUACAGCCUGUUGUACACAGAGAAUGCAUUGGAAUUGUUAAAGAUCAUAUCUGUUGGUAACGACCAAUUGGAGAGAAUGAUGCAAGAUGAAACAAAUUGGACAUCCGGUACAGGAUCUCACUAUUUGUCGACACUACAGAGAUGUGUCGCUAUAGUAAUGUUCACACUACGCUUAAAAUCUCUAGUUGUCCCAACUGACAGCCAGAAUAUGACACCUUUAGAACAUUUGAUAUUUGCACAAAAUAAACAAAAAGACUCAUUGAAAGUGGUGCCCAAAGUGACUAGUUAUAUAAAUCAUGCGUUCAAUAAGAAUUUACCAGUAUUGUGCUGCCGAUUGCUGAAGAAGUUUGCAGGUAGUUUCCAAAUGUCUUUAUUCUCAUCAUUGGACAUGACUGCAUACCAAGUACGCGUCAUGUUUUUAAAUAGAUUGCGUGAUGAAUACGAAACGAUGGAUUUGAAAGUGUCUAUCUUAGAGUUUAUUGCUACCUGUGUGGGCAAACAGCCUGGACUAACAGAGGCAUUCUUCAUGAUGAAUUACGAAAAAGCAAAGGCUGACGAAAAGAAUAAGGAUGAAAUUAAAUCAAAAACUAAAUCUGAGCCUGAUGACAGCUUUGAGGGUAUUUUAGGUUACAUGGCCGACUAUCUGAGCACUGUAAAAUCUGAUGCUAAACUAUUACAUAGCCCUUUGUUGGCAUCUAUUAUGGAACUAUUCCAUGAGUUGUGGAAAAAUAAUAUGCAAAUUUUAGUAAAGAAACUACGUGAAAACCCUAACUUUUGGGAACAUAUAACCAGCCCUCUUUUUAAUGAAAUUCAACCUAACUUGAGAACUUACGCUCAAAUAUUCAAUGUCCUCGGUAUAGAAAUAUUUACAUCCAGAGACAAAUUGGAACCUAAUUUAAAAGAGACUUUAGAACUAUUUUUUGAUACUAAUAAAAAACACCUAGAUACAUGGAUAGAUUACAUUUUUUCCUUCAAAGGUAGGACCGAUACAGACGAAGUAGUGGACAAAGUUCCAGUUUGGUUGGGGUUGUUGACUUCGUGGAAGGAUUUCACUACUAUAUUUAGCAAAUGCUUACGCGAUGUGAUAACUCUAAAUAUAGCACAUAAAGCCAAAAUGGUAGCCCCUUGUAUGAACGCUUUAUUGACGGAAUUGGAGGAUAUGAAAGACAGUCGACUAGUUGUUAUACUCGCCGAACUAUAUGUUAUAAUGUUGGCCAAUUGGAAAGACGACUGCUUUGAUAAUAGAAAAACUAGCGCGAAACAAAUUGAUAGCCUUCUAACUAACUCAGCUAUUAUGUAUGAAUGUUUGCACCCCAGAGCUGUCCGCGCUAUACUUUCUAUUGGGACAGUAGCUAUAAGCAGUUUAGAUUACGAAAUAAAAGCAAGCAGUAUAACAGCACAAAGCAUAAUACGAUCUGUUACUAAUAUAAACACUAUCGAACUUGAAAAUCUAUUUGAUGAUAUAAAUGAACCAAAACCUGAUCCCAAUGUAAAUGGAUCUCAAGCUAAUGGAAAUAUUCCACCUGUGGUGCUAUCUCUAGCUAUGUUGGAACAGUGUUUAGAUUUAUAUGAUGAUAUGUUUUCGGGAUUAUCACAGUGGUUUCAAUCGAGCAGAUUUGUCAACAAAUUACUAUGCUGUUUGCAAAAGUGUUUGCAGAACCGUCGACAUUAUCACACUUCAUUGUCAGCUCUGCGAUGCUUGACUGCUUACUCUAGAGGACCGUUUUCUAAAGACUUACUCAUGAGCGAUGUGGAUCAGUUUCUUUGGCUGCAGUUACUGCCGCCAAAGUUCGACAAUAAUGGUGGUCCACUAGCGUGGAAGCCACAUGAGUGGUGGCGGGUAUACGCCUACAGUUUAGACUUCAUAUCGAUGAUGGUGAUGAAGCACGGUCAGUUCUUCGUCAGCGACGCCAUUACAUUCGUUGGUGUGCACCUAGAACAUCUAAUAGAGGCAAUAUUGCUGCCUCGUCAAGUUUUCAGCAUAGAAGCAUUAAAUCUUUGUGCGUCUGUUUUGAAUCUCAUAGUACAACUAGUGAAAUAUGAAUCCAGAUGGCGGAUACAGAAUAUAAACUCAUUAGUUGGAAUAAUGCGCAGUAUUAGUGCCUGUUUUUAUCAAUGUGUGACACUAAUGCUUCGAUCGCGUCGUUCGUCUGAUCCUACUUUACAAACGAACGAGGAAUCUUUUGGCCAAGCGCCUUCACUAUUGCACAGAACCCUGGAAGUAUUGCAUAUGUCGACCCUGUGCCUGCUAGCAUUCAGUCCGGAUCUCCUCUCCUUGCUAGCGGAUCCAGGCUUGGAUUUGGAGCAUUGGCAGCCCCUAGUAGAGCUACAUUUUGGCGCACCAAAGAUAACCUACGAACCAUUCCCCCAGUUGACUUUCGGAACAUUAUUAUCGGCAAUAUGUUUGCUAACUAGAUCAUUGUACCAUUCAUACCAAUGCGAGGAGGGUAGCGGUUGGCGGUCUCCGCGUGGUCGAAGGCGUACCAGUGGUGGUGGAGGCGGUAGUGGUGGCAGCGGCGGGGUUGGGGGCAGCCCAGAAGCGCGGCGGGGGGGACGCAGCGAGUCACUGACGAGUGUGAGCUCCGCCACCAGUGUGCACGCGUUGCCUGGCCUCGACGAACGUCUCGUGGGUGCUGCAUUAGCCGCCGCCGCUGCACUUCUCGCCUCGCAGGCUUUGCUUGCGGUGCGCGAUCCGAAUGUGCCUUCCCGGCAUAAACAGCUUGUGCGGCGUGAACUCGGCUCUGAACUAGCUCCUUUCCACGAUUUCGUACGUAAGCGCAUACUAUUUGCUGCUCACGGAUGCCCCUACUUGGUAAGAAAUAAACUGGACGCUUGGCCUCUACGGCCGGACGAGGAAGAAAUUAAAAGAAUAGAAGAUGUGAGGAAAGAACGAAACAUUUCCAGAGACGACGACGAUAGACCUCCACCACCGCCGCCGAAACGCGUGAGCAGUGAUUCCAUGCGAGAAUACAUUCUACGGAAACAUUACUUGGAUAAGUGUGCACAAACACCGAUCAAAGGACCACAUUCCCCCGUCUCCCAUUCCACGCCAACUUCAGAUAAGAAGAAAGAAACAUCGAGAAGCUCAAAGCGUGUGUCGUGGGCGGAGACCACCAGGGAAAAUGACGAGAGUUUGGACUCCUCAUUGCAGGACAUUGAGCCGGUAUAUUCGAAUUUAACCGACGUACAAAUAAAUAAUGAUGAAGAUUAUUUUCACCUCAUGUCUGUUGUGUUCCUUUAUAUUUGUCAAUCUGAAUUGUAAUUUGUAAUUUAAGUAUUAAUAAAUAUUUUCUACAGAAACAA